AUGCGGUUCCUGAACACAUCACAGGAUGAACCGCUGGUGACAGUAAAUGAAGGCAAACUGCAAGGUAGUGUGGAAAGACUACUUGAUGGAUCACCGUAUUACAGUUUUAAAGGCAUACCAUAUGCCCGACCACCUGUAGGAGAACUAAGAUUUACGGCGCCACAGCCACCACAAGCGUGGCAAGGUACUUACGAUGCGACUAAACAUGGGUCUGUAUGCCCGCAGUUUGAUUUAAUUUCUGGCCAAGUUAUAGAAGGUGAUGAGAAUUGUCUAUUUUUAAAUGUAUAUACAAAAACACUUAAUUCUCACUCUAAAACACCUGUGAUGGUAUUUAUACAUGGUGGAGCUUACAUGACUGGGUCGGGUAAUGUCGAUAAUUAUCUUGGGCCUGAAUUUCUCUUACAACACGACGUUACAUUUGUAACAAUGAAUUAUAGACUUGAAGUAUUAGGAUUCUUAAGUUUAGAAACUCCUGAAGUACCUGGAAAUGCAGGAAUGAAGGAUCAAGUAGCUGCUUUGCAAUGGGUGAAGAAUAACAUAAGAAAGUUCGGGGGCGAUCCUGAUAACGUUACAUUGUUUGGAGAAAGUGCAGGGGCGUCAUCUGUAACAUAUCAUAUGUCAUCACCAAUGUCAAAAGGUCUUUUCCAAAAAGCGGUUGCUCAGAGCGGAGUUUCUGUAGCUGACUGGGCUAUAGGAAAAUCUCCCAAGGAUAGAGCUUUCAGAGCGGGAAAAGUAUUGGGUAAAGAAACGAACGACACAACAGAACUUUUAACGUUUUUGCGAAGUGUUCCAGCUACUGAUCUUGUCCAAAUAACAUUUAAAACUUUGACAGAGGAUGAAAAACAUAGGGGUUUGAAAGAGCAUUUUGUACCUGUAAUAGAGAAACAGUUUAAAAAUGUAGAACCUUUCUUAACAAACAAGCCAAUCGACUUAGUUUUGGAAAAUAAGAUGAAUGAAGUGCCAUUGAUGAUUGGUUAUAAUUCAGCAGAAGGUUUAAUUAACUUAGGAGAACAGCUAAACGCAUCGGAUUUCAAUAGCAAGAAUCCUCAAUACCUUGUUCCUAGAGAAAUAUCAGAAAAAGUAACUGAGCAAAAGGUCAAAGACCUAGGUGAAAGAAUAAAAGAGUUCUACGUCGGUAAUUCAGAUUUUAGUAACGAGACUGCUGUAGCUCUGGUGAACAUAGUAUCUGAUUUACAUUUUGUAUAUAGUAUCCACAGAUUUGCUCAUUUCUAUUCUAUAAAACACAAACCUAUAUAUAUGUAUAGAUUUAAUUUCGACACGGGCUUGAAUUUCUUCAAGCAAUAUUUUGGGUUUCCGCACAUGGAAGGCGCAUGCCAUGGAGACGAUUUGUUCUAUUUGUUUUUCAGUAAAUUGAGCGAAAAUUCUUAUAAGAGUCAAGAAAAAUUAAGAGAUAUCGUUUACGAAGUGACGAAAAUAUGGACCGAUUUUGCUAAAACCAGUAAUCCGACACCAGGUAACUCUAGCGUCAAAUGGCCCAAAUAUGAGACUGAUAGUAAAGAUUUCCUGAAUUUAGAUGAAACGAGUGCUGUUGGAAAAUUUGCGGAAAAGGACAGAGUAGAGUUUUGGGAUCAAAUUUAUUGUGAAGUCGGUUUACCAUGCAUUAGUCAGAGCAAUCAGCAGUAGUUAAAAAAGUGUUUGGUUUUUUCGGGAGCCUGUUUUAAAAUGUUUCAAAACAUUUUGCAUGUAAUCUAGAUUGGUAUAGUUUGUAUUCUACAUAAAUAAAUAAUUGUUACAUUUACCUAUCACUUAUUUGUUAUCCUUUUUCUACUAUUUAAAAUAUGGUAAGGACAAGAGCAGUUGUUUUCCUAAAGAACUUCUUGAUGUCUCAGUGAACCUGGGUUUUCCUGAUU